AGACUCGCUCCGCCCGCAGCUCCGGCGACUCGCGCGGGGCGCUGCAGCGGCUGGAGCCGCCGGAGCUCUGCGCUCGCCAGAACUCAGACGGCGCCAGGAGCCCGGGCAGCCUCGGGGUCGGGGCCGCCAUGAAUGGCUCGGGUGGCCCCGGGGCCGAGGACGCGAGUGAGGCGGGCGGCAGGGACAGCUGGCAGCCCGAGGCCGUUAUCGUGCCUAUGCUGUUCGCGCUCAUCUUCUUGGUGGGCACCGUGGGCAACGCGCUGGUGCUGGCCGUGCUGCUGCGCGGCGGCCAGGCGGUGAGCACCACCAACCUGUUCAUCCUCAACCUGGGCGUGGCCGACCUGUGCUUCAUCGUGUGCUGCGUGCCCUUCCAGGCCACCAUCUACACCCUGGACGGCUGGGUGUUCGGCUCGCUGCUCUGCAAGGCUGUGCAUUUCCUCAUCUUCCUCACCAUGUACGCCAGCAGCUUCACGCUGGCCGCGGUCUCCCUGGACAGGUAUCUGGCCAUCCGCUACCCGCUGCACUCCCGCGAGCUGCGCACGCCUCGCAACGCCGGGGCUGCCAUCGGGCUCAUCUGGGGGCUGUCGCUGCUCUUCUCCGGGCCCUACCUGAGUUACUACCGCCAGUCGCAGUUGGCCAACCUGACAGUGUGCCACCCGGCGUGGAGCGCGCCGCGCCGCCGCGCCAUGGACCUCUGCACCUUUGUCUUCAGCUACCUGCUGCCCAUGCUGGUGCUCGGCCUGACCUACGCGCGCACCCUGCGCUACCUCUGGCGCGCCGUUGACCCGGUGGCCGCCGGCUCCAGCGCCCGGCGCGCCAAGCGCAAGGUGACGCGCAUGAUCAUCAUCGUGGCUGCGCUCUUCUGCCUCUGUUGGAUGCCCCACCACGCGCUUAUCCUGUGUGUGUGGUUCGGCCGCUUCCCGCUUACGCCCGCCACCUACGCGCUGCGCAUCCUCUCGCACCUGGUCUCCUACGCCAACUCCUGUGUCAACCCCAUCGUCUACGCGCUGGUCUCCAAGCACUUCCGCAAGGGCUUCCGCAAGAUCUGCGCGGGUCUGCUGCGCCGUGCCCCGCGCAGAGCCUCGGGCCGCGUGUGCAUCGCGGCGCCGGGCACCCGCGGCAGCAGCGUGCUGGAGCGCGAGUCCACGGACCUGACACACGUGAGCGAGGCGGCCGGGACCUCCGCCCCUGUGCUGGCGACUCUCAGCAGCCCGGCCUUGAGCCUGGUACCCGGCCCGUCCUGGCGGGACCAAAAUGCCUCCAGCGGCAUCCCGACAGUUAAUACGACCUGAGGACACUUGGAGAGUAUGCUCUGGUGUUCAAAGGAUUGGAGAGAGAGGUCGGGGAUCUGGGAAGGAAUCUCAUCUGUUAAUAAAAUACGCAAAAUUUU